AUGAUUCUGCGACGUCUCAAGGGUUAUCCAUUCGUUCCAUGUCUUUUGGACUCAGGAAAGAAAGCCACGUACUCGUAUAUAAUUCUCACUUUACUUGGACCAAGUCUCAACAAGAUAUUGAAGUUCUAUGGAAAAGUGUGUAGUGUCUCCACUCAAGUAAGAAUAGGAAUUAACACGCUGUACGCUAUCAAACAACUUCAUGACAUUGGUUUCAUACAUCGCGACUUGAAGCCAGGAAACCUAGCAGUUGGUCCCAUAGGCACACCACAGUUCCGGCUGAUACACAUGCUUGACUUCGGUCUGGCACGGCAGUACGUUAUUACCUCGGAAGGAGGACGACCAAAAAUGCGAAGACCUCGUCCACGUGUACACUUCAGGGGUACUCUCCGGUACUGCUCGAUAAACUGCCACGAAAAAGGAGAACAAGGACGUGAUGAUGACUUGUGGUGCUUUUUGUAUAUGUUGGCCGAGUUACGUGGACCAUUGCCAUGGGCAGCUAUAAGGGAAGGACCGGAUGUCCUUGUGGCGAAGAGAACAGUUGCUUUGGAGGAAUUGCUAAAAAAUUGCCCCGUGGAGCUUAUCGACAUCGCACAACAUCUUAUGACACUUAAUUACUACUCACGCCCUAACUAUGCUUUAAUUUAUGAUCUACUAAUUCAGGUUAUGCAUGCUGGGAAUUUCAAGUAG